CGACGGGGCAGAGGUGGUGGUAGUGGUGGCAUGGAAACGGUAGAGAAACGAGUGGCGGGACGAAAGGCGGGAGUAGCAACAGAGCAGCACGUCGCCUUCCACACAUAACAUUCACGAGUACAACGCCGUGCGCUUCCGUCGUCCGUCUGUGGCUUACGCGCAUUCCGUGCUAUCACAAAAUAAAAAAUACGUCGCGUUGAUAUAGGUUUUUUUUUUUUUAAUUCAUCGAAAAAGUGACGAACCGUUUAAGCCUUUCAGUGAACGAUCGCGUGUCCGAUAUUUUUUCGGUGUUAAAAGCGACACGAAUUCUUCGCUAGGGAAUAUUUUUUUUUUUCAAUAGACUUUAGUUCGAACUCGACGGGGCCAUAAAAUUCUGUUGUGGUCACCAAUCCGGACUGCUAUCGUUAUAAAGUUGCAAUAAAAUAUAAUGUUGGCCCGGCGCCGAAGACGCCGACGCCGAUCAGAUACCAUCGCAACGACCGACACGAGCAGCUACAACAACAACAACAAUGACAACGACGGUACUGCCGAGUGCAGCAUCGACGGUUCCUCCUUCGACCGAACACCAACACCAACACGAUUUCGCGCCCGUCGUGCGGAUGUGGAGUGACGACGACACCUGUUACAAUAACAAUUCUUCGGUGCCAACCGAUAACACGACAAAUAUUUUGUUAAACAAUAUGGGAUUACCUCCGCUGAGUGGGACGUAUGGAUGUAAAAGGUCUUCGGUGUCCGUGUUGGACGAUGGCCAUACGCCCAAGAUACCGAGACGAGACGAAAAUCAUCAUCGUCACCACGACGGCCGUCUGCCGUCCACAAACAGUCCGGACGACACCGUACCACCGCUGCCGCCGCCGUCGCUGAUGGCCACCAGGGUGGACGAAGACGCGGACGACGAAGACCGAUAUCUUCCGGCCGGUAGCCUGACAGUGGCCGCCACGGCAACGCCGGCCCGGCAAGGUCCUUGGCGGCAGCAACAGACCAUCAAGUGCGAUACCAACGGCAAAUGCUACUUGGAUCUGGGCAGCGGCGGUGCAUCGUCUGUGUCGGCGUCACCGCCACCGCCACCGCCACCGCCGAUCGCGACGUCUGCGGUCACGGCGAUGGCGACCGGUGGCGGCGGUACGACGACGGUGGCCGCGAUGACGAACGGAGCGAGCAGUAAUCUGGAUGAUUGCUGCGAACGCGAAUGUUACAGGCGACGCAGGGCCGCCGUAUUCGACGCGUCUAUGCGAAAACUGGGCAAGUCCGGCGGCGGUUCGCACGGCGAAGCCGGCGGCCUACGGAGAUCCGUGCUCAUUUGUAACACGCUACGGCUGAUCGAACGCGAAAUGUCGAGAGAAGCGGCGGCGGCGGCGGCAAGUCGAUCGCUGUCGACCAACGCCAAUAUUCCCCCCCGACCGCAACAUCUCGCGGGCUCGCACGAUCAUCAUCAUCAUCAUCAACACCACCUUCAACACGACCAUCUUCACCACGACCACCUUCAACACCACCUUCACCAUCACCAUGACCACCGUCAUCACCACCAUCACCAACACCACAAUCACCACCUGCAUCAGUUGCAACAACAACACCGCCGGCGGUCGCCGACUCCUUAUCCGUCCGAAACGAUGGGCGGUUCCGGUUCGCCCGACCGCGGCGGCGGUAGUACGACAAACGAAUCUAUAGAUUCGGGUGUAGACGACGAGUACAGCUAUUACGACGACGACGACGACGACGAAGAAGACGAUCGUCGUCUCGAACAUCACGGCGGGAGUGGUGACGGCGGCCAUUACUAUCAUCAUCACCACCACCACCACCAGCAGCAGCAACAACAGCAGCAGCAGCAGCAACAACACCACCACCACCUGAACGGCGGCCGCUAUAACGAAUACGACGAUGACGACGACGACGACGAUGAUGACGAGGAAGAAGAGGAUUCGGACGACGACUCGAUGGACAGCUAUGACGACGACGACGACGACGACGACCAAAGCGGAACGUCGUCCAUCGAGUGCGGCGACGACGACGGCUGUAACGGCGUUACCAACAUCGAUUGGGGUUCCGUGUUGAGCCUGUCCGAUCAACAGACGCCUUUGCAGAGCGACGGGACUACGGCGGCAGAACGGCCCAAACGGCGAAAGUUUAGCGACAGGCCGCAGCACCGGCGGCAUCGCUCGAAGGCCGCGUCCAGAGGCUAUGCCGGCGAUCAUCACCUACAACACCAUCGAGUGUCGGUGACGACGUGUCGACGCGAAGAGACCGACGCUCAGACGUCGACGCUUUUGCAAUGACGUGCGGUGGGCAACUCUACGGAAGCGGCGGCGGGCCGAACGUUUGGCGGACGUCCGAGAGCUGCGCGAUAGUGUCGCGCAGAACGCGGACGAAAAACAAACGAUAAUUUACCUAGAGACGUGUGUACCUGAUAGUUACGAUAUUAUAUGUAUAAACGCGUGUGUACGCGCCCGCUGCUCUAUAGUUACGACGGAAAGAGCCGCCGACGAACGAGCGGCGGGAGCAGCUCAAUUUUUUUUUUCUAUUUUAUUACAUCUAUAUUGUAUAUUUGAAUCCAUAUUUUUUAUCAUUUGUAUUACACUGCAAUAAUUUAAUAUCUAAGGUCGCACACAAGAAAUCCCCUUCCCCUCGAACGUUAUGUGCGCGAUGCUCGACGUGCGUCGCAUGUAAAAGAAAAAGGAUUUGUCGUUACCAUAAGUUUUUUUAUAUUAUAUUAUAUUAUAUAUUAUUUUAUUAUAAUAUCUAGAUAUUUUUCAUUGUCGUUACGCAAAGCCGAAGAUAUAAUAAUUAUUAUUAUUAUAAAGAGAUUCGAUUUAGUUUGUUUUGAAUCGUAUGCGCCAGCGUGUAGUUAAAAUCGUUUACGACGACAGCAGAAAUAUGUUGUUGCCUUCGGUGUCGCUCGCACGCACACAAGCCGGUUCUGUUACGAGUAUUAUAUCCGUCCUUACGACAUACAUAUGUAAAACAGUAAUAUUAUUAUAACGACCCUAAAGCGUCCAGUAGGAAAAAAAAAACAGUAUCGAGAUCUCUUUAUUGUAUAUAUAUAUAUAUAU